UCUAUUAAGUGUGAUAUGCAUUCAGGAUCUGCUGCUGCUGCUUCUUCUCAUAAUCAAUCACAAUUUCCUAUUUCUUCUUCUACUUCUUCUUCUUCAUGGAAGGUGGGUCACCAGACCAGGAAUCAGUAGUGUCAGGGACGAGAAAGUCAAGUAUCUCUUCAGGUGGCAGGGUUCGGGAGGCCUUCCUCAAUAGAUUUACAGACAGUCAAAUCUUGACUUCAAAUCUAGAAGAGUGGUUCCAGACUUUAGCAGAAAGUUCAUUUGACUUUGAUGUACCUUUCGAGCUAAUAGAUCUCCAAAAAUUUGAUUAUGCAUUAGAAGGCGUUUCUUUUCAGCAGCUAAUUCGGAUGCCCAGUGCCACUUAUGCAUCACCAUCUGGCACCAUUGAAGCUACUGCUUUUUUUGCAUUAGAAGAUUUUCUACAUGCAAGUGUAAAAGGCUUAUGGGAGGCAUUUUGGAACCAAGAUGAACCCAUGCCUUUAAACAUCGCUUCUCUUUAUGAUGCCAAUUUAAAAUUCUAUCAAGCUGAGAAAGCCAUUGCUAAUGGAAAACUUGGAGGCCUAUGCGCCACAGCGGUGUUGGUCAAUAACCCGAGACACCCACAUGGUAAAUGGACCGAUAUUCUCAAUCUAGCACUUUUAAGGCCUGGGAUUGAAAGUCUGGCAAAUGAAGGUGAAGUUACAAUUCCAUCCUUAGUGCUUUUAGGGGAAGCCCUGUUUUAUGGUGUACGUAUACUAUUAUCGAGAAGCCUAAGGAAAUCAAAAAAUCCCGCCGUUUUAAAUUCAGUUUUUGUGAUCCUAGCUGAUUGUCAAUAUGGCGGUGUUGUAAAAGUUGAAGGAGAUAUGACUAGAAUGGAAUUUGACAUUAACAACGUAUAUGAGUGUGUUGCUGAAUGGAUUCAAAAUCAUUCACGAGUUUCAGUUACUCCUUUUGAUAGGAUCUGGAACAAGCUUGGGAAUGCCAAUUGGGGGGAUAUUGGUGCUUUACAGGUACUUUUCGCAACCUUCCAUACAAUGGUACAACAUGUUGGAAUGCCCAAGAACUCGAUUGAAGAUUUAGCUGCUGAUCACAGCUCUCGUCUUCAGACAAGGAGAAAUGAGAGGCAGUUGGGUGAAAUGGAAAUCGGAACAAAUGGAAACGGUUUAUUUAAACUCCAACAACGCAGUAUUUCACCAGAAAUUGUUGAAGUACAAGAAGAAUCUGUAGAUAUCGAGCCUCAAAAAUCAAUUAAACUGGAAGUAGGAUCUGUUCUACUGGUGGAGGACACAAAUUGGCAAAAAAGUUAUCAGAUCGUUGAAGUUUUAAGUGAUGGCGAAAUGCCGUAUUACAUUGCUUCGUUGAUUGAGGAUCCAGGAAAGUCUCUUUUUCUAUAUGUCGGUUCACAUCCAUCUCAGCUCGAACCAGCAUGGGAAGAUAUGAAUUUAUGGUAUCAAGUCCAGAGACAAACGAAAGUAUUUUCCGUUAUGAAACAAAACGGUUUAUCCAGCAAGUAUUUACCACAACUGACAAUGUCAGGUAAGGUAAUUCAUCCUGGGCCUUGCCGAAAGCCUGGAGCGGGUCAAAAUUGUGACAACCCGUUGUGUGGGACCCCGAUUCUGGUCACGAGCCCAGUUGGCAAAACAGUAGCGGACAUGAUUCGACUGGGUCAGUUCGGAUCAGAUGAGGCCAUUAGAUGUUGUCAUGAUUGCUUAUCCGCGCUUUCAACUGCUGGCACUGCCGGUAUUCGGCAUGGCGAUAUUAGACCUGAAAACAUUAUAUGUGUGACAUCCAGUAUGACCCAUCAGCCAUACUUUGUCUUAGUUGGGUGGGGUCAUGCCAUUUUAGAGGAACGGGACAGACCAGUUAUGAAUCUUCAUUUUUCAUCCACAUACGCCCUACAAGAAGGAAAAUUAUGUUCAGCAUCCGAUGCCGAAAGUCUGGUUUAUUUGCUUUAUUUUUCAUCUGGUGGUGAAUUACCCGAAUUGGAUUCUGUUGAAGGGGCGUUGGAGUGGAGAGAUACGUUUUGGUCAAAAAGGUUAAUCCAGCAGCUACUUGGAGACAUAUCUGCAGUUUUAAAAGCAUUUGCUGAUUAUGUUGAUAGUCUAUGUGGAACACCGUAUCCCAUGGAUUAUGAAAUCUGGCUGAGAAGAUUAAAGAGACAUCUUAAUGACAACGGAAAGGAGAUAAACACAUCGAGUUAAAGGACUCGAAUAAUAAUUUGGAGAGAACAUAGGUAUAUAUGGUAAAGUUGAGCUUAAAUUUACCUUUUGCUGUGCAGUUAAUCUGCUAGUUGUUUUUACUUAGGGGACUCUUGUUUUAUUGCUUUGUUAUUGUAUCACCUGUCAUUGAAUUUAGGUCAAGCCUUUUGCUGCAGCAGAGAUGGUCAAAUUUGGCGGAGUAAUUAUGUUAUGGUAUUUUUUACUCUGUGGUAAGGGUACAGGUUUAAAUUUUUCUUGUAAAGAUAGGAGGAACUCUACAUUUUUAUCUGUUAUUGGUUUGAGGCUAGGAUCAUGUGUUGUUGGUUUGAGUUAUGUAUAAAGGAUCUCGAUAUUUAAAUGUUAUAGUGCUGUAUGAUUUUGAAA